CUUCAUUGCUAUUUCCCUCCCCCCCUUCGUUCGUUUGUAUCCUAGGAUUAGGGCUUGCUUCCCCACUCCCCUGCUCCGAUCAUCGGCGGCGAUCUCUCUAUUUCCUCUUCAAUCCAAUUCAGAACCUUUGUUAUUAGGUGACACAAUGAAGGUCAAAAUAUUACAAUGGCAUGCUGUAGCAUCAUGGACAUGGGACGCGCAAGAUGAAACCUGUGGCAUAUGUCGAAUGGCCUUUGAUGGAUGUUGCCCAGAUUGUAAAUUCCCCGGCGAUGAUUGCCCCCUAAUCUGGGGAGCCUGCAACCAUUCUUUCCAUCUCCAUUGCAUCCUGAAAUGGGUGAACUCGCAGACUCCCCAGCCACACUGCCCGAUGUGUCGCAGAGAAUGGCAAUUCAAAGGUUAAGACGGUGCUAAAGCAAAGCUGGAGGAAUCUAUGGCUCCUGUUCGUCAUAGCCUGGAGUUCCUUGGAUCGUGUGGGGAUAUGACUGGGAUGGCCGAGGAGGCACAUGAUCUAUUCAUGGGCUAGAUUCCCUAUGAUGUUGUAGGCUUCGAGGAGGCCUGUUGUUCCUCUGUUUUAUAUUUUUUUGUUUUAGUCUUGUCGUAUCACUUCUUGUGAUGUGCCAUUUGUAUCUUGUCU